AAGUGUUUGCUACUUGUUGAAUUUGGGGUUUUUUUAGAAGUAAAUCCACUAGGAGUGUGAAAUGAAGGCAUACAUUAUUCGGACAAUAGGGGAAAUAUGAAAUCAUAAAUUAAUAUGAAGGUUGCCUGGGAGAUAAGAAUGAAAUGACGAAAGUCGAUGAACCUGUUUCAUUGGUUGCUUCCCGUAUUUUUACCUGUGCUGGGCUGUGGGCGAGCUCAGACGUACGAGCGUCAGCUGGAGCAUACCAUUUUGAGGUUUCUGAUUGGACGAUAAUGUCGGUACGUAAGUGGGUGCUUGAACCGCAUUUUCAAACGAAAAACUAGACAAGACAUUUCAAGCCUUGGUACUAGGUGCGUGUAUGUGGUGUGUUUUUGUAAUAUCGAACAAAGAUAAAGGGUAGCACGUGCUAUUAUUAAUUAGUGAUAUAUCUGUGAUAUUUGGAAUAUUUCUAAACCACCCUCGAAUCCAUAGAGACCACACCUCAACCUGAAAAGUGGACGUGAAUUGAACUAAAAAUCCGCUAGGUUACGUCAAAUUUCCUACGAUAGUUGGCGAAUGUAAUAUGGCCGCCUGAAGAAACCAUUUUAUUAAUGUCUUUUGUUGUGUGAACUGCAUUAUUCAAAGACAUGGAGCUACGAGUGGGUAAUAAAUAUAGGCUCGGCCGCAAAAUAGGCUCCGGCUCGUUUGGGGACAUUUAUCUGGGAACCAAUAUCUCGACGGGCGAGGAGGUUGCAAUUAAACUGGAAUGCAUCAAAACCCGACAUCCACAGCUACACAUAGAGUCCAAGUUUUACAAAAUGAUGCAGGGUGGUGUUGGAAUUCCUCAAAUGAAAUGGUGUGGUUCUGAAGGUGACUAUAAUGUAAUGGUUAUGGAGCUGCUAGGUCCUUCUUUGGAAGAUCUUUUCAACUUUUGUUCGCGCCGUUUUUCCCUCAAGACCGUCCUGCUUUUAGCAGACCAACUGAUCUCACGCACCGAUUUCAUUCACUCCAGGAAUUUUAUCCAUAGAGAUAUUAAACCUGAUAACUUUCUGAUGGGUUUGGGAAAGAAAGGCAAUUUAGUUUAUAUAAUAGAUUUUGGAUUAGCCAAAAAGUAUAGAGAUGGACGGAGCCAUCUGCAUAUUCCAUACAAAGAUAAUAAAAAUCUUACAGGUACUGCCAGGUAUGCAAGCAUUAACACUCAUUUAGGAAUUGAACAGUCGAGAAGAGACGAUCUCGAAUCGUUAGGCUAUGUGUUAAUGUAUUUCAAUAGAGGGUCACUGCCUUGGCAAGGCCUAAAAGCUGCCACAAAGCGACAAAAAUAUGAACGGAUUUCUGAGAAAAAAAUUUCCACUCCCAUAGAUGAAUUGUGCAAGGGCUACCCUCCAGAAUUUCCUACAUAUCUGACCUAUUGUAAGUCCUUAAGGUUUGAACAAAGGCCUGAUUACAGUUACCUAAGACAAUUAUUCAGAACACUAUUUCAUAGACAAGGCUUUACGUAUGAUUAUGUCUUUGACUGGAACAUGCUUAAAUUUGGGGGUUCAAGGGGGAGCCAUUGCGAGGAAAACACAGGUCGAUCUGGUGGUGCACGGUACGGAUCGCAUGCUGCAGGUGCUACUACUGCAGGCGCUGUUGGGGAUACAGCUACUGCUUCUCCCCAGCAGCAGCAGCAGCAAAGAAGUAGAAGAGCACACGAUGCUCCCGCCCCUAAUCCUUUAGACGAUGUUAUAACUAGUAAUUCUCUUAGAAUGCAUGAAAGCCACGAACGGCGAGUUUCGAUGAGACUCCGGCAAGGAGCUCCCAAUGCUUCCACUUCGGACUUGAGUACAUCAAAACAAGCAAAGAAGCGCCUCCGGAGUGGCAAUGGCGCCCCCAUCAAUGCCCAGCGCACAGGGCCAACAGGGCGGCGCCCCUAGAAGGGGAAGUUCAAGCAAAGAUCCACCUGGCCGGAUGAAGAAAUGAGAGUGGUAAGCUGUUUAAAACAGCUGAAGUUCCAUGCAGAAGUGUUGUGUACUUUAAAGUGAGCACGAAUGUGACUGUGAAUUUUUCGGAGAAUUUCGUUGAUAAUGUUGGCGAAUGAGUAGCUCAAAUUACUUAAAAUGCUUCAGUUCAUAUCUACGAAAUUUGUUAUUUUUCUUAGUUUCGUGUUUUUGGACCUGUUUUUUAAACGUUUCAGAGUUUCCCUAUAAGCAGUUUAGAUGAAAUCAAAGCAAAAGACUGAUACUUUAAUUAGUUGAAAUUAAGCUUGGUACUAACUGUUGUUGCACCAUGAAACCUCUGAAAUGUAAAUACAAUUGUAUUUAGACAAUUCGUCUGCAGUGAAGUAAGAGUAAACAAAAAGUGCAAUUAAAUUUCGACAAAUACUUUUAAAAUAUUUGGCAGUAACCAUUGCAAUUUACGAGCUGUUCAUCACAAUUUUUUUGCAAGUUCCAUUAGAAAGAAUGUAAAGUUUACGAGUUUUUCAAGUGACUUUUACUUUGAGGUCUAUAGAUCACCGUUGGAGAAUGUUGGUAUUUCAUGUAGUUUUAAACGUUAGAACUCCGCCUCCGUGCCAAUGCGCACUAAGAUGAAGUUAUUCCAGUCUGUAAUGAAUAUUAAGGAGUUAAUAUUCGAGUGUACUUUGUGAUCAAGCUAACGGUUUAUUGGCGGCAAAUGAGUUCUCUUAAGCCACAUUUUCCAAGAAACACGGAAUAUGUAGCUGUACUAAAACAGUUGUUAAAGUGUAGCCAAGAGUGGUGAUACAUACACCUGGCAAUCGCAACCUAUGUUUCAAUGUUAUAUUUCCAAUAUCCACAUCGGUUGCGGUUUUGUUAAACGUCUUAAUUAUUUGUUGUUACUACAUAUUGAUUAUUUUUAAUCAUCCUCUUGAUUCUUGUUGAUCGCAGCGGUAUUCAAAGAAUUUUUUUUUGAUUUUGUUAAAGGUUCAGUAGUUCAACAAUACGCUUUAGUGUGACAAACAAGAAGUGAACGUUUUGGUAGUGUUAUUUCUUGUAAAUAGUGGUUGCUAAAUGUGUUGAAAUGGGUCGAUUUGAAAUAUUCAGUUCUUGUUGAGCAAUACAUUUUGAAUGUUGCUCAAAUUCGUUUCAGUUUCGGUGUAAAUUUUGUCUCUAAACUCUCCACUCUCUAACAUGUUUUUUUUUAGAUUUGUUAAAUAAGUAUUAUAAAGGAUGACUGUGCAAUGAUUAUGUAUGUAUCGCCACUGCUUGACAAUCGAUUAAAAACGUUAGCAUAAGUGAUAACGCAACGACGAUUUUACUAAAUUAGACCAUAUGAAUGAUUGAUUUUAUGUAUGGACAUAUAGCUAGGACUGGACUGAAUGUCAAUAAGUGUGUUUGUCGGGUUGCAACUUUUGUUUUGGUUUAAUAAUUCAUAUUUAUGAUUUAAGAUUGUCACCUGGACAUUUGUAAAGUCUGUCUGCUUUGUCCAGUCGAUUUAGUCCUGUCCUGUAUAAGUAAAGAAGGCGAAUCCUAACAUUGGAUUUAUGCAUUAAAAAUAUUUGUUUUUUGGCGCUCCGUACGUAAACUCAAAACACAGUUUAGGUUGUUAACAAUGGCGGCACAUACACUCAGCAUAGGAAAAUUACUGAGAAAUAAAAUAAAACAAAAAAUUUCAGUUAGUUUAUGGUGUAAUUCACGAACAUUUUCACAUGAUGAAGGUUGUACUUUCGCCACGUUUGGAUGAUGAUUAUAUUAUAUUAAAAUGAAUAUUGACAACUAAAUAACAAGUUAAUAAUAAAUAAAUGCAUAAAACGUUUAUAUUGGCGUUUCAAUUCCAUUCUUUUAUUCAUUUAAUACAUUGGUUGAAAUGCCACGUUCAGGUAUUCGUCUUCUUUAAUUAAUCUAAUAAGAACCUAAGACUAUAAAUACUAUGUGUAAUCAGUGGAAAAAUUGUACAUAUCUAGACUGAUUUUUGUGUAUUUUGUGUAUAGAAUUGUAAAAUUUAGUUUUGUGAAGAAAUACAUUUUUUAUAUAAAAAUAUUAGGAUUAUAAUGUAAGGUAGCUGAAUGUGUACUGAACGUUAUUUUUGAAAAGGGCGGAUUGAAUCGCUGGAAUUGUUCUUUUCGGAUUUCUAGGAUGAUAAAGUGUGUUUUGGGUAUCUACCAAGGAUAUUUGUAAGUUAGGUGUUUUAUACGAUGUACAGCAUUCUACAUUUUGAAGGGUUACUCUCUAAAGUUUCUGCUUUGAAAACGGGGGGCCUCUUUUUGCAAAGUGUUUUUGUAUGUGUGCAAAUGCUUUUGUGAUUGCGCGGCUAAUUACGCGGAAAUAGCUUACAUUAUUAACAAUCUAUAUCUAUUAAAAAAUAUUUCUCUUUUAAAUUACGUUAUCAAGAAUUCGGCUAUAUUACAUGAUAUAUGGAAGACAGUUGAAUUUGGUAUAUAAAAUGCGAAUUGGACUUUUAAGUAAUUAGUUUGAAGAAUACCAAAUCCAACAAUUCCAGCGGUUAAACACCUUUCAUCAUUUAUCACUAGACAUGUAAAAUUUAAUAUUAACUAUUAUUCGGUAAAGUAUAUUAUGUAUUUUUUUUGUAGCGAAAACAUGUUAAGAGGGACAAGAUAAAUAAAAGUGUUCGACUGGUUAA